AUGUUGUCGCGCGCAGUCUGGUGUAUGUCGUCAUUUCUCCACUCCAGUCGGCGGGUGGUUCUCUUCCGCGCGGGCUCGAUCCAGGAUGGCAUCUCGUUUGCUCACUGGCUUUUUCAAUCCCAAGGAGUUUGGCAUCCGGGACGACUUUCGGUUGACCAAAUUCUCUUUACUGAAGGGAUGAGGUUGCAAGUUGCCGCAAGCCGAGCUCACCCCUCUGCUUGCGAAACUGUCGGGAUGCUCCAAUUCCUCGACACCCCCAACCUCUCCCACCUCCCUCCUCUACUUCUUUUUGCUCCUUUUGCAGCUACCGAGCUUGAUUGCUGUGUCAUCCCCGUUCGUAAUAACCUCAAACUCAUUCAGACAACGGAUUUCUUCUAUGCCAACGUCGAUGAUCCCUACACAAUGGGCUGGAUAACGUGCUGCAACGUGUUGAGCGAUCUCUACGCGAUGGGUGUGGUGGACUGCGACAACCUCCUCCUCCUUCUCGGCAUCCCCACCGCCAUGAGCGUCGAGGAGCGUACCACCAUAACUUCCCUCAUUAUGCAGGGCUUUCAGCAUCCACGACUACGCAUUUCCUCCAUUUUCUUGCUGCAGGAGUGCGCCCUGAAGGCCGGUACAAGUGUGCGUGGCGGACAGACAACGUACAAUCCCUGGGUCCUCAUCGGCGGCGCCGCCACCGCCGUCGUCCCUGAUUCCGAGUUCAUCAUGCCGAAUCAGGCGGAAGGGGGCAGUGUGUUGGUGCUGACCAAACCGCUGGGUACGCAACUGGCGGUGACAGCGUACAACUGGAUGCUGGAUCGCACCGACGUGUGGACUGAGAAGUGCACUCCGCGCAUCUCCGAGGAGGAUAUGAGAAGCCUCUACAACGCCGCCACCCUCUCCAUGUGUCGUCUCAAUCGUAACGCGGCACGACUGAUGCACAAGCAUGGCGCGCAGGCCUGCACUGAUGUGACGGGUUUUGGGGUGCUUGGGCACGCGCGCAACCUGGCGGCGGUGCAGACGGCGGCCGUGACAUUCGAGAUAAACCGACUGCCCUGUCUGGCCGGCGCGUACUACCUGUCCAAGGCUCUGGCUUCUCGUCAUCACCUUGAUACCGCACUGACUCCAGAGACCUCCGGUGGUUUGCUAAUUGCGAUGCCAGAGAAGAACGCGGAGGCGUAUUGUCGAGAUCUCUUCGAGGUGGAUGGCACGCCAUCGUGGAUUGUCGGUCAGGUUAGCGCAGCGGCCACACCAGCGGAGGCUAGAACCGCACGGCUCUCGGCUAAUGUGGAGAUCGUCGAAGUGCCGCACGAAACCAUGUUUGUUGUGGGAGUGCGUUUUGGUCAGUCUGGUGAGGAGGGGGUGGCGCGGCCCGAUUUGGCGUUUCCUUUGUAG